AAAUCACAGAAGACAAAACAGCCAAACCAGCUCGGUCCUUUACGUCUUUAUCAAAACAAGAUGAAAAAGUUCCUGUUGUUGCUUCUCUUCUGUCACGUCUCAUCUCCAGUGAAACACUCACUCAAGUUUUUCAUCACUGUAUCUUCUGGAGUCUCAAACUUCCCAGAGUAUGUUGGUGCUGCAGUGGUGGAUGAACUUCUGACGGGUGACUGCGACACCAACAAAAACAUAGUAGAACCAAAACAGGACUGGAUGAAAACAAUUUUAGAAAACAAUCCUCAGCAGUUGGAGUUUUACACUCAAAGAUGUUUUGAGGUUGAGUCAAUCUUCUUCAAAGCCACAAUAGAUAACUUCAAGCAGCGCUUCAACCAAAGUGGAGGUGUCCACAUUCUCCAGAGGAUGGUUGGCUGUGAGUGGGAAGAUGAGACUGGAGAGGUCAAUGGUUUUAUGCAGUUUGGUUAUGAUGGAGAAGACUUCCUAGCAUUCGACCUGAAGACAUCGACAUGGAUCGCUGCAAAACCACAGGCUGUCAUCAUCAAACAAAGAUGGGAUGCUGAGAUAUCUAGAAUAAAAUUCAAUCAGAAUUUCUUCACUGAGAUUUGUCCUGAAUGGCUGAAGAUGUAUGUGGACUACGGCAAGAGCUUUCUGCUGAGAAAAGGUCUUCCCUCACUGUCUCUCCUCCAGAAGUCUCCCUCCUCUCCAGUCAGCUGCCACGCUACAGGUUUCUACCCUGACAGAGCCAUGAUGUUCUGGAGGAAAGAUGGAGAGGAGCUUCAUGAGGACGUGGACCACGGAGAGAUCCUCCCCAACCACGAUGGAUCCUUCCAGAUGAGUGUUGACCUGGACCUUUCAUCAGUCCCAGCUGAAGACUGGAGGAGGUACGACUGUGUGUUUCAUCUCUCUGGUGUGGAGGACGACAUCGUCACCAAACUGGACAAAGCAGAGAUCAGGACCAACAGAGGUAAGACUGGAAUAGGAAGUGACUGA